AUGUUCCUCGAUCGUUCCUCCAACGUCGAACGAACCAACUUUUCUCCCAAGGUGGCGUCGAUCUUCUCCCUGGUGGAGAGAAAACCCAAUCCGAAGAUCUCGAUAUUCGCUUAUCCAACGAUCAGGAGGAUCAGUCUCUGCGCUAACAGCCAAGAGGCGAUUGGUUACCUCUGUUGCACGUUCGCCGGUACCGAGUACUUGCUUGCACAAACCACCUAUCCGGACUUUAGAUUAAUUGUUUGGCAUUGGAGCACAGGUGAACGGCUAGCGACGAUAGAGGCGCGGAACGUCGAUUUAACCACGAUCGUAACGCUCGGGCGUGGAGACUCGAGGUCGACUAGCUUCACCGUACGCGCUAACGAGGAUUGGACCGAGGAGACGUGGAUGGAGGCGGCGAACAUUCGCCGGCAGUCCAUGUACGAAGAAACGCGACUCUCGAUUCUCAACGACUGGAACGAGGUGAAAAAUCGGGUAAAGGAACUGCUGGACGAGAACGAGGCGGCUCCGGAGAAUGCUCGCCUGCCGAUUUCUGCCUUCGAUCUCGAUCAGGAGGCGCGAAAGCGUAAGCUGGCAGAAGCCCGAUCGAAGGAGGAACUGCUGGUUAAAGAUGCCGAGGAACGAGUCGCGCGGCACGAUCGCGCCAGCCGUUAUUUCCGAGAGACGUUCUUAGACUCUCUGACGGUUAAACCGAGGAGCAUCUUCUCCCUUUUCGCUCGAUCGAAAGUCACCAACUAUCCUCUGGCGAAACUCGCCCCAGAAGACACCGAUCGUCUGUCUUGGUGUCGAUUCUCUAUGGAAAUGAGGGAAAUGGUGUCCAGGUUGGAGGACGAAGCGGGGGAGAAUUCGGAGGACUCGCGGAGCUCGAGCUCGCAUCCAGGCUUCGUGGAGAUUCUCGAGGCGUGUACCGUCGCGGAACACCGGGAACGUGAAUUGAAAGCUCGAUUCAACGAACGCUUCGAGAAGACGCGAUCCAGGAAGAAGAGCGAGAUGAGAGCGGCAAACGAACGGGUGGAGAGAACUCGUCGUAUCGUCGACGAAUUGGCGAGCACGUUUGGCGUGGACGCACGCUCCAAUCUCCUCGAGGAUGCUCCGCGCUGGCACCCGAUCGAACUGUUGGAAGAAGAAGAAGAAGAAGAAGAAGAAGAUCCUAUCGUCGACGUAAAAACCGAGGAAAACGAAGAAGGGACAGAGACGGAAGGCGACGAUUUCCAUCGAGAGGCGCUCCAACGAACGAUGGACGGCGUGUUGGAACCUAGGUUAGAGGACAACGCGAAGAGGAAUAUCCCGGUGCCUGACUGCCUUCUGCGAACCAAGUGUGCGACCGAGGAGGACGUUCGAGCGAUAGAAUCUUACGAGAAGAAGCUUCGCGUUCAAGAGGAAGAUCGAGGAAGAUACAAGACGAUGCUGGAGGCAGAGCUCGAGCGGAUCAAAGAGGAAUUUUGGAAAAGUGCCAAAGCCUUCGACGACGAGUUACACGAGCUUUCCGCGGAAAAGAUGCGCACCGUCGAGCGGUCCAUAUUGGCAGAGAGGCUGAAGAAAGUGCAAGCAAUUCUCCAGCACCGAAGAAUCGUCGAGGGAAAACGGGAAAUUCAGCGUAAGGUCGAGUUGGAGCUCGUACCUGCGACGAAGGAGGUACGUAAACUCAGCGAGGAUUGCGAUCUCUUCGAAGCGGCCGUCGCUGAGUUGAGGAAUCGGUACGAGAGCGUACGUAAAGGAGAGAAGCUAGUCGACGGGAAGUUUCGGGCGGAACUGGCCGAUCUAAAGACAUCGUCGACGGAGGAGCACUUGUUCAGACACUAUCGUAGGAGACCAAGAUUGUUGGAAGCGGGCUGCAGCACGUCCGUCGCCUUUCUCGCCGAACUCGCCAGCUGUCUGGUCGAGCAAAGAUACUCGGAGAUCUUACCGCGAGAGUGUUCAGCCUAUUUGCGACGUAUGGACGAGUUGGACAGGAUGCCAGAAGGACUGUCCUCUCGACUGGAGCCUGACCACUGGCGCGCCGUCUGUCGUCUCAGAAGGCUGAAGCUGGAAGCAGAGACAAAGGCGAGAAGUUGCGCGAUCGAAUUGGCGGAAGCUGAACAAAGCCUGACGUUUAUGCGGAACGCCUGUUCGAUUGGCCGAAAUACGGCGAAUCGGUGCAAACAGGAAAUAGAACGCGAGGAAAAGUCCUUGGCGGAUCUGUCCAACGAUCGAGAGGUUUCGCUGUUUCUAAAAGCGGGACAACUCUAUAUGGAGGCGAAGGAAGCCUGUCCGCGUACCGACUGGGAACACGCAGUUUUCAUUCCCCGAGAAGAAUUGACUCGCGCGAACGAGGCAAUCGCAGAAGCGGAAAGACGAAGAUCCGUUGCGCUGGAAAAACUCGAGAAUAUCGAGAAAACGGUCGCUCUCGAGGAGUGGCGGCACGCUCGAGUCAAAAUGACCAUGGAAGAUUUGCAAGAGGAGGCAAAGGAUCUGGAAUUAUUCAAGGUGAGCAGAAUCGCGUUGGAACGUUGCCAACGUUCGAAGCUCGAGAAGACGUCGAAGGAGGAAGCUGAAAGAGUCGAGUACGCACGACGAAAGGUGACCUCGACGCGCUCUAAUUGGCGGAAAUAA